AUGAAGAAGUCACCUGUUUUAUUACUUUUGUUCGGCAUUUUCAUCCAUCCAAGUCAACAAUGGCUAUCAAUCAUUCAAGUAUCGAAUGUCUCAGUCGCCGAAGAAGAUCUAUGUCAAAUCAAGUAUGGUCUCCAUCAUCGACAAAUUCAAUUUUGUCAACGAAAUUUACAUCUGAUGCCUUAUGUAUCCAUUGGUACUAGUUUAGCACUAGAGGAAUGUCAAUUGCAAUUCCAAAAUCGCCAUUGGAAUUGCAAAUUAUUCGAAAAUAAUCAGUUGAUAGGAAACAUUCUCGAUUCAGAAACAAAAGAAUCAGCAUACAUUCAUGCAUUAACAUCAGCUGGUAUUGCCUAUGCUAUAACAAAAGCAUGUAGUUCCGGUCAGCUUCGUUCGUGCGGGUGUGAUAUGACAACGAUCGAUCAGGAUCGAAAUAAUUCAAUGCGCUGGAUGGGAUGUUCGGACAAUACUUUCUAUGGAACAGAAAUGGCAAGAAAAUUUGUAAAUCUUCGCGAGAAUCGAAAGAAAACUGCAACAAGUUUACUCAAUCGGUACAAUAAUCAAGUGGGAAUUCGAACAAUUCUUUCAGCAAAUGAGCGUCGUUGUAAAUGUCACGGAGUAUCGGGCUCUUGUGAAUUUAAAUCAUGUUGGCAAUCGUUGCAACCAUUUACACAGAUAGCGAAGCAACUGAAAGAAUUCUAUGAUAAUUCCAUUGAAGUUCAAUUCCAACGCAGUAGUCUCGACUCGAAAAUACGAUUUACACCGAAGAACGUGCCAUUCCAUAGAGAACAGCAAGUCUUUUAUGGAAAGAAGCUCAUUUUUAUUAUUUCAAGUCCCAAUUAUUGUGAAUCGAAUUUAUCUCUCGGUUCCUUUGGCACGAAAGGACGUGUCUGUAAUCGAAACUCACGAGCGAUCGAUAGUUGUGAUUUACUAUGCUGCAAUCGUGGUUAUCAAUCGAAAAUAAUUACAAUCCAAAGACAAUGUAACUGUCGUUUUCAAUGGUGUUGUCAUGUUCAAUGUCAAAAUUGUGUGACUACACAAGAAAUCAGUUAUUGUUUAUAA